AUGGCACACGCGGCGGUACGCUGCCCCAGCGCUCGGGGCUCCGGGGACGGCGAGAUGGGCAAGCCCAGGAAGGUGGCGCUCAUCACUGGCAUCACGGGCCAGGAUGGGUCAUACUUGGCUGAGUUCCUGCUGGAGAAAGGCUACGAGGUCCAUGGAAUUGUGCGGCGAUCCAGUUCAUUCAAUACAGGUCGAAUUGAACAUCUGUAUAAGAACCCCCAGGCUCAUAUUGAAGGAAACAUGAAGUUGCACUAUGGUGAUCUCACUGACAGUACCUGCCUUGUGAAGAUCAUUAAUGAAGUAAAGCCUACGGAGAUCUACAACCUUGGAGCCCAGAGCCAUGUUAAAAUUUCUUUUGACUUGGCUGAAUAUACUGCAGAUGUUGAUGGAGUUGGCACUUUGCGGCUUCUGGAUGCAGUUAAGACCUGUGGCCUUAUCAACUCUGUGAAGUUCUACCAAGCCUCAACUAGUGAACUUUAUGGGAAAGUGCAAGAAAUACCCCAGAAGGAGACAACUCCUUUUUAUCCUCGGUCACCGUAUGGGGCAGCAAAACUCUAUGCCUAUUGGAUUGUGGUGAACUUCCGUGAGGCAUAUAAUCUCUUUGCGGUGAAUGGCAUUCUCUUCAAUCACGAGAGUCCUAGAAGAGGAGCUAAUUUUGUUACUAGAAAAAUUAGCCGGUCAGUGGCUAAGAUUUACCUUGGACAACUGGAAUGUUUCAGCUUGGGAAAUCUGGAUGCCAAAAGAGAUUGGGGCCAUGCCAAGGACUAUGUAGAGGCUAUGUGGCUGAUGUUGCAGAAUGAUGAGCCAGAGGAUUUUGUCAUAGCUACUGGGGAAGUCCAUAGCGUUCGGGAAUUUGUAGAGAAAUCAUUUUUGCACAUUGGAAAAACCAUUGUGUGGGAAGGAAAGAAUGAAAAUGAAGUGGGCAGAUGUAAAGAGACCGGAAAAAUUCAUGUGACUGUGGAUCUCAAAUACUACCGACCAACUGAAGUGGUAAGGACUCCAUGGCCACCCAGUGCGUGGCCACAUUUGGCUGGCUGGUUGGCUGGGAAGAUGUUCUUAGUGAAUAUCCACAGUCAGCCUUCAAAGCUUUCCAUUGGGUUCUCUGACAUCCUUCAAUGGUCAGGUCCCAAAACAGACUACAGUGAAUUGAAUUUGAGUUGUUAUUCUCAGCACGAAAUCCAUUGCUUUAUCAAGGAAAACAAGGGUAAAAUACAGCCAAGGAAGUAG